AUGCCCACCCCAGCACUCAGAAAAGAAGUAAUUUCAAUCUAUAAAGAACUCCUCAAUCUAGGACGAGAAUAUCCGCUCGGAUAUACAUAUUUUCGGACACGAUUACACAAGGCAUUUAUGGCGAAUGCGUCUAUGGAAAAUGAGAGCGAUAUACGGAAAGGGAUUGAGCGCGCGGAGUUUGUUAGGAAGGGUACUAUCUUAAAAGGUAUCGAGCGCUGCGACAAAGAUACAAAGAAGGAUGAAGAAUGA